CACUCUGAUGCGUCGUGUCUCACACACACCUUGUUGGCGCUCUGUUCCCCCCUCCCCUUCAACCACUUCACCCCUCCGAUGCUCUCGGAUGUCUCUCCAUGCUUUGACCACAUGAUAAUUUCCAUGAACUGACUCUCUCUUCGUCUUUGCCCCUCUCCUUCCCUGCUGUCCGGUGGCGAUAGACUGUUCAAAGCGUCCAAACGUACACGUCUCGAACUAUGGACCAUUGACACGAUCCUUGUCACCCAUCUCGCUCUCUGUCUCAGUCACUGUGACAACCCCACACUCUUUUGGAAACCAUCACAUUCAUUUACAACCCAUUGACACGCGCCCCGCACGACCCUACCCAUCUCAUCAACCAGCAUCAUGAAACUGUCCACACCAUCUGCUCUCGUUUCCGCCGCCUUGCUUGCUUGUGUCCCUUCCACCCUCGCACUCACAGCCGAGCAAUGGAAAGGUAAAUCUAUAUAUCAACUCCUCACCGAUCGAUUCGCCCCUCCUUCGGCCGAUGCUCCAGCCAGAACCCAAGAUUUACCGGCCGUAUGCGAUCCCAAAGCUCAGACAUGGUGUGGAGGAACGUGGUUGUCAAUCAUUGACAAAUUGGACUACAUCCAGGAUAUGGGUUUCGACGCCAUUUGGAUAUCACCCGUUUCGACCAACAUUGACAUUGCGACACCUUACAAUUUUGCCUAUCACGGGUACUGGGUCACGAAUCCGACAACGUUGAACCCUCGAUUUGGAUCUGAACAGGAUCUGCAUACCUUGUCCAAUGAGCUACACAAACGAAACAUGUUGCUCAUGGUCGACAUUGUCGUCAAUAACGUCCCAUCCCUGUCGAUCAACGAUUCGCUGAGCACAGAGGCCCUUCAGGCAGCAGACGUCUUCUGGACAAACCCGGAUCAAUAUCAUCCAUAUUGUCCUGUCAACUUUAGCAACCUGACAUCGGAGCAGUACUGCUGGCUAGGAGACCUUAAACUACCAUUAAUGGAUGUCGACACAGAGAAUCCCUUUGUCAUUACCACACUCCAGAACUGGAUCAAGAAUCUGACUUCGACGUACAACAUCGACGGACUAAGAAUAGAUGCUGCCAAACACAUUCCAGGGGUCUUCUGGCCAGGUUUCUGCGGAGCUGCAGGAGUCUUCUGCAUCGGAGAAGUUUACACCGGAGAUGUAGUCUUUGCCGCCGAAUGGCAGACGCAAAAGUGGAUGGACUCCAUCUUAGGAUAUCCCCUGUACUUUUCCCUUGUCCAAGCGUUUGGCACUCCGAUGGGAAACAUGAGCAAUUUCGUUCAGAUCGGAAACGCUGUACUUGACAUGCCUGACCCAAUGGUCUUUGGCAACUUUCUCGAAAACCACGAUCUCCCUCGAUGGCUCAACGCGACCGUCGAUCCACAACUCGCUUACAAUGCUCUCAUUGCUCAAUUCAUCUUUGAUGGCAUUCCCAUUGUCUAUUAUGGACAAGAGCAAGAAUUCCACGAAGGCGCCGGAGAUCCUUACAACCGACAAGCGCUCUGGCCUUCCAAUUAUGCCAAUACGACCACUUACAACAGGAUCAAGACAUUGAAUGCCGUUCGCAAAGCCGUCAUGACGAACAACACGAUGUACAAUGGACAAAACUUCAUAAAUUCAAAGACCCAAUUCAUCGCCAGUACAGACUAUGAUGUCGCAAUCCGCAAGGGACCAUUCGUCGCCGUCCUGACCAACCGAGGGUCUCCCAGUCAACAAGUCACCUUUGGCGUCCCAAAUUCCGGAUUCGACAGUACCAGUGCGGUCAUCGACAUCAUGUCGUGCCGUUCUUUCAGUGUGGGUGCCAAUGGCACCAUCUCGGUAUCGUACGCUGCGUCCGGAUACGGAGGAAUGCCAUAUCUUUUCAUGUCGCAAGCCGAUGUCUCGUCUAUCAAUUGGUGUGGACUAGGUAGUCAAUACGCGUUCAAGUCGCCCAAUGCCACAUCAUCGGCUGUAGUGAUGAACCCAAGCAUGGGCUUGUUAGGUGCUGGUGUGUUGGUCCUGGUCGCGGCUGGAACACUCGGAUCCUGGAUAGCAUAGGGUUGGGCCUGAUGGACCGGGGAAGAAGGAGUUGCACACGUGCACGAUGAGGCGAAAGGGGCAAGUGAACGAGUUCAGAAGACAACAAAAGGCGGCCAAACGUGUAACUGAUAUUAAUUGUCCCCACCGUACGAGCAAAUCAUUAUAGUAUCUGUCAUUGGCGCAAAGACGUUUU